AUGGAGGACUCAUCAUCUGAUAACCAUGGCGUGGAGGUCUCAACACGUGAGACCUUGAAAGAUUUAACCAAAAGUUUGUGGACACCAGACCAUCACACCUACUACACGGCUUUUUUAAGAAGAGUCCACUUCAGAGAUCCUACUGGUGAAGAAGUUUUCUUUAAUGAGAAAAGAGAAAUGUCCUCAUCUUAUGAUAUAAUGACCAUUGGCCAUGUAACAGACAGCCUUCAUAGCAAGUACUUCUCCAAUAAAAUUGGGAGCUUUGAAGUGUCAUCUCCUGAAGGAGGGCAGCUUGUAAUUUCACGGAUCCCCAUAUUCUGGACUUACAGUGAGAUUCCUGUGUCGGUGUGUUCCGUGGAUUGCCCACCAGGUUAUAGAAGAACCAUAGAUAGAGGAAGACCACGUUGCUGCUUUCACUGUGUCCAGUGUCCAGUAGGGGAGAUAUCCAAUCACACAGACAAAGGCUCAUGCCAGAAGUGUCCUGAAGACCAGUGGCCAAAUGACUUCAACCAAUGUGUUCCAAAACCUGUUGAGUAUCUCUCGUAUACGGGUAACCCAAUUACUUUUGCCAUCCCCGUUAUUUCUGGAUUGUUUUUCAGUGCAGCUUCAUUGAUAUUGGUCAUCUUCAUUAUGUAUCAAGACACACCGGUUAUCAAAGCUAACAACCGAGAUUUGAGCUUUGUUCUUCAGGUCUCCAUCAUGCUGAGCUUCCUCUCUGUGUUUUUAUUUCUGGGUCGUCCUGUGCAUAUAACAUGCAUGCUUCGUCAUACAGUCUACGGGGUCCUCUUCUCAGUAGCAGUCUCCUCCAUUCUGGCCAAGACUAUGCUGGUCUACAUGGCCUUCAAAGCCACCAAACCUGGGACCACCUGGAAGAAGUUCAUUGGAGUAAAGAUUCCGAUCUGCCUAGUUCUCAUUUGUUCUUUAUUCCAAAUUGUAACCAGUAUAAUCUGGCUGUCUGUCUCUCCCCCCUUCCCUGAAGCCAAUACAAAACCUUGGGUGCCGUACGGGAAGGAAGAGCAGCCAACAUUGGAGCCUCUCCUGCCUCCUGCUCUUGGGUUGCUGAUUGAUUCUAGUGAAGGUAGACUCCUAUGA